GAUAAUGGGAAAAUCACCUUCUACUGCAACAUAUGCGGUGGGCCACUGUCCUGCUAUGAUCUCCGCAAGGCUUCCACGGCUUGUGGAAGCGAGGACCUCAGCCUCUGCUACGAUGAUGACUGUGACUGCGGAGGCUGGCUCCGAGACCAGAAGCUGAAGACGAGGAGGGAUGGAGAAGAUGGGGACGAGAACUCUUCCGCCGCGUUGAGAAUGCUGCGUCCUAGGGGUUCCCAGAGUAACAAGCAUAAUGAAAUGCAGGAUGAUGACGAUGCGUACUAUAUCACUGAAAAUGGCAGCUAUGAUCCGUGGUAUGGACUGGAGGUUCCUGGCGAGAACACAGGGAGUAGCGAUGGAAGGCUGUGGGCGAAUAUAGAUGGCUUCUUUCUGCAUGAUACCUGCUGGCAGAUGCUUCAACUUGUACAUCAAACUGUGAAUCCGAGUUCGCCACCAUUACAGCCGCGCGGGGUGUAUCUCGCUAUGCAGGCUCGACUAGGGGAUGACAUGGAGAAAUCCAUCGACUGGGAGGACAGUAGAGUCUAUGGUGGUACGGAAGACUUUCAAUCGCAAGAGUGGGAAGCAGAGCCAGGGUAUGAGUGGUUAGUCGUGGACCCUUUGAAGCCAGUCGACAUCUCUGAGCUCAUCUCCGCCUCAAAGAGUUCAAACCCAGGCUCCACAAAUGCAAUUGUAUACGGGGGUGCACUAAAAUUGUCGGCUGUAGAUCCAUUUUCAAGUCUACCAUGGGAUGUCCGUUAUAGGAUUCUGCAAAUGCUUCCCUCGCCAUCCAUCAUCGAUCUAGUCAUUGCCAGUGCCGUAUUUCGUGGAGCUGCCCGUGACCUGCCUGAUCACUUUUGGAGAUUACGUCUGGCCUACGAUUGUCCAUUGAUUGACCAAGACUCACUUCGACAGAACAUUGCUCAAGCAGGCGGGCAGGCUAACUACAAGGAUCUCAUUCGUCUAAUCAAGGCAGCUGCAGCAAGGCCAGAAGACGGAAUGAACGAAGACCGGGAUACCUGGUUAAACCUCAGAAAUCGCCAUCGGAUCUGGACCUGCUGUGAGGUUAUCCUCGGGAAGUUGGAGAAGGAAGCAAAAUCGUGUGUCCCAUUCAGCCAGAGUGCGAAUCUGGCGAGAUCCGACUAACCUCCACCAGGGAAACCCUCAACAGACUCUGAAGCUCAUCCACUUCAGUCUAGUGAACUCGCCAG